AGCUGCGAGACCUCUCCCUCCCUCCAGGACGUGGACGAGGCCCACUACGCCUAUUCCUUCAAGUACCUGAAGAACAAGCCGGUCAAGGAGCUGCGGGACGAGCAGUUCCUGAAGAUCUCGCUGGCCAAAGAGGAGAGCCUGCUGACCAUCGACAUCUCCGUGGACAUGAAGGGCGUGGACGGCUACGGCAGCGACCAGAGCUACUUCGAGGAGAUCAAGGCCUUCUACUACCGGGACGAGUUCAGCCACCAGGUGCAGGAGUGGAACCGCCAGCGCACCCUGGCCAUCGAGCGGGCCCUGCGCCAGUUCCUCUACCCGCAGAUGGCCAAGGAGCUCAUGAACAAGCUCCUGCUGGAAGCUAAGGAGUGCGUCGUGAAG